AUGGUCAUGUCUCUUGAUUCUUUACCGGAGGAGAUUCUUCAUUAUAUCCUUUGCUAUCUACCCCCGCGCUCGACUGCUGCGUUGGAGCAGACCAGUCGCCGAUGGAAGAAUGUGACGACGGUGCCUUUGCUAUGGCGUCACUAUUGCGGAACACAAUUUAAGUCAUGGGACAAAAAACAUGAUAUUAUUGGGAAACUCGUUGCACCCCCAUCAGACGUCGACUGGAAGGCGCUCUACGUGUCAAGGUCGCAGAUCGAUCGCGCAGUGACUCGGCUUUUGGAUAGUAUCCUCGCUAGUCAAACGGGUCGCAUCGAGAAGUUUCGCGCCGUGAUCGAUUUUGGCUACGAUGCCAAAGAUACGCUCUUACGACAUAGUCAAGUCGAGUCGGGCGAGGAUCAUCUUGCAAGGAGAUAUUACGCGCGAGCCCUUUUGACGUGUCUUCAUCGGAGUAUCGCCGUACCAGAAUGGGCUAAACUUCGACGCGGUGAACCGGUAUCACUCGAACGCGCGUUGGGCGCUUUUGACCUCUUUAUACCGGAGAGUGGGUUUGGUGACCUGGACGAGAUCAAGGAUACCCUGGACGAUCUCGUUGCUCGAUAUAACAUGUCCGAUCCCGACUCUCCCGCGUUGAGCCCUCGCAACAAAGCUCUUUCCCUCGCAUCAUGGUUGCGCAAUAACGAGCUGACCGGAAUCGAGAUUGGUCGAGAAUACCACGCGCUCGAACAUAACUUCUUGGGCAUGGCUUUGAGCACCUCAGGGCACAAUUCUCUGCCGCUAAUCUCCGCGGCCAUUUAUUGCUAUGUGGCUCGGAAAGUCGGGCUGAAUGCUCAUCCGUGCGGAUUUCCAUUCCAUGUUCACGUCAUUGUGACUCCACCGCCCGGACAGGAUAUGGAUGGAGAAGCUCUUGCCCCGGGAGCCGUUGGCUCUCCGAUGUAUCUGGACCCGUUUCGAGGCGCGCGCGAAACUCCGGUUGCGGAUCUGCGAGAUCAACUUGUCUUUCUCGGCGCCUCUCAAACCGAGCAGACCGCAUUCCUCGGGCCGUCGCAGACCUCGGAGAUUGUUCAGCGAUGCAGCCGAAACAUUUGGACCUCCAUUCACUCUGCACCCCAGGGCUCCCCUGGGCACUCAUCAUCUGUAGAUAUGGUCAGCGCUAAAUAUGCGUCGCUGUGGUCGUCGAUGCUCCUCACGGGGGACUCGCGGCCCAUGGAUCUGCGCCACCAUCUUCCGUUGCUGAUGGAACUCUUCGCGACUGAUUUCCCUUCUGAUAUCUUUCUUGUGGAGCAAUACAUCGUGCCUCUCUUCCAAGGUCUGUUUGAGCAUGAGCAUAUCCUUGAAAGUCUUCAUGUGAUGCGUGCGGUCGACGAGAUCCCGAAACAGGUUCGCCGACGGACGGGCGAGAACCAAAAUAUUCGAUUUUUGGUGGGUCAGGUCUUUCGUCACCGUCGAUAUCAUUAUCGUGCGAUCAUCACCGGCUGGGACCGGGAAUGUGGCGCGGGCGAACAGUGGAUGCGGCGGAUGGGCAUUGAUCGAUUGCAGGCCGGUCGUCACCAAAGCUUCUACCAUGUUCUUGUGGAGGAUGGAAGUGUACGAUAUGUCGCGGAGGAAAACAUCGACUUGAUCCUCCCUGAGCUGGCCGAAUUGCCUGCGAGUCUUACGAGUAUCGCAGGAAAGCAUUUCAAGCGAUGGGACGAGGCGAGUCGAGCAUUUGUCAGUAAUAUGAGAGACGAAUACCCCGAUAAUUAA